AUGGGCGGCUACUCUUUAGCGACGUUACAGGUCGAAGGAAUGACCUGUGGCGCUUGCGUAGCGGCCGUGCAAGAACAGGUACAGAAACUGGAAAGUGUGCAGGAUGUGUCGGUUUCGUUGAUCACAGGAGCGUGCCAGGUCAAGUUUGACGCGCAGAUACUGGAGGUGGCGCUGCUGGAGGAGGCUAUCGAAGAUUGUGGGUUCGAAGCGCGCGUUUUGGAGGUGCAGGAGCCGCGCACAACAACGCACAUGGCGAGUUUCCAAGUGCACGGCAUGACGUGUGCCAGUUGCGUCGCCAGUGUGACAGAGAGCGUGCAGCAAAUGCUGGGCGUGCAUGAGGUAUCCGUAGCGCUCGCCACAGAGGAGUGUCGUGUGGUGUUCGACGCAGACGACGACGACGCAAACACAUUUGCCAAUGCUGUCAAGACCUGCAUCGAGGACUGUGGGUUCGAUGCAGAGCUGGCAACGCUCUCGAGCGCCACCAGCAAGAAAUCGGGCUCUUCCAAGAAUACGCAGCUCAAAGUCUACGGACUGAGUAACAUCGACGACAGCGUCGCAGUCGUGGAAAGUGCUCUGCGUCAAAUCCCAGGAAUAGCACGCGCGUCCGUGAGUCUCGAAAACGAAGCAGUAACGCUGCAGUAUGACCCCACCGUCAUCGGUGUGCGUGCCAUUGCUGCUCGCAUCGACGCUCUCGGGUACGAAGCUGCCGCAGCCAAUUCUUUCGACAGCAUGGCGCAGAUUCAGACUUUGGCCAGAGUACGUGAAAUUCGGUUUUGGAAAAAUUCGUGCAUACAGGCGUGCUGUGGCAUGCUCGUCAUGCUGCUGCUCUACAAAUUCGUACCGAGAUGGGUCCCUGGUGUACACAAAUUCAUACUAUACCAACAGACGCUUGUGCCGGGCCUGUUUUACAGAGACAUCGUGGGCUUGGUGUUGUCGACCUAUAUUCAGUUUUGGGUGGGCCGUCAUUUCUACAAAGCGGGAUGGCAUUCCAUGCGUAAGGGCUCGGGCUCCAUGGAUACGUUUGUGGUCGUCGCCACUAUGUGCGCUUACACUUUUUCAAUAUUCUCAAUGUUAAACAAUAUCUGGAAAAAAUUCAGUGUUUUGCCAAACGUGGUGUUUGACGCCUCCACCAUGCUAAUAGGCUUUAUCUCAGUGGGGAAGCUGCUCGAGAACAAGGCGAAAUCCAAGACUAAUGACUCACUGUCCAAACUAAUAUCAUUGGCUCCGUCCAAUUGUACUAUAAUAGAAAAUGGCGUCGCAACCGUGAUUCCAGUGGAGUUCCUACAGGUUGGGGACAUUGUGGAAAUAAAGCCCGGAGCCAAAAUCCCAACUGACGGAAUAAUAAUAGACGGCGAGAGUGAAAUCGAUGAAUCGCUAAUGACCGGCGAGUCCCUGAUGGUACCGCGCUAUGUUAACUCCCCCGUCGUCGGGGGCUCCAUAAACGGGCCAAACCAUUUCCUGUUCAAGGCAACCAGCGUCGGAGAUGACACCAAACUGGCGCACAUUAUCAGCACCAUGAAACGAGCCCAGCUCGCGAAAGCUCCGAUACAACACCAAGCCGACUACCUUGCUGCCAAAUUUGUCCCUUGCAUUUUGACGUUGGCUCUGAUAACAUUCUUAACGUGGUUUGCUUUAUCGCACCACCUCAAAAACCCACCUGCCAUUUUUGAUGACCAAAACGGCAUCUUUUUCGUAUGCUUGCAGAUGACAAUCUCUGUAAUUGUUGUUGCAUGCCCCUGCGCGCUAGGUCUGGCUGCUCCUACCGCCAUUAUGGUCGGCACAGGUUUGGGAGCGCGCCACGGCGUUCUCAUUAAGGGUGGUGACAUCCUGGAGAACUGUAUUUCCCUGGAUACUAUUCUUUUUGACAAAACCGGCACCUUGACGACAGGAAUCAUGACGGUGGAGCAAUAUGUUCCUAUGUGUGAUAAUACUGCUCUCAGCGUUGAUCAAGCGGCUUGUGUAAACGCUCUCAGCGCCCUCAGCGAUCACCCUAUCUCUAAAGCAUUGAAGGAAUAUACUUCUUCGUAUCUUUUGGGCUCAAACGUCGCCCCCAAGAUCACACACAGCGAAACAGUGAUUGGUGGUGGCAUUAUCGGGAAGUGUCAGCUUAACGGGUUAGAACAUCGCGUCGUUAUUGGCAAUAAGAGCAUGUUACCAAAGUAUGACCAUCUUCCUGAUCCUCAAGGAACUCUGUCCUACGUUGUCAUCGAUGACCAGUUGGUCGGAAGGUUUGAGGUGGGUGACGCUAUGAAGAAAGAUGCCGCGCAGGUGGUCAGAUAUUUUUCGGCUCAAGGCCACCGCGUAUGCAUGGUUACUGGCGACAAUCAUAAUUCAGCGAUGAAGGCGGCCCUGGAGCUGGGUAUUGAAGCAAAUAAUGUUUACAGUGAGUUGACCCCAGCACAGAAAAACGACUUGGUGGAAGAGUUGAAGGACGAGGGACGAAGACGGGUGGCUUUUGUAGGAGACGGCAUCAACGACUCUCCAGCUCUCGUGGCCAGCGAUCUGGGAAUUUCCAUCUCUACUGGUACAGAUAUCGCCAUGGAAGCUGCUGACAUUAUUAUCCUAAGUCGUCCCGAGCCAGCUUUGGCCUCUCUUUGUGAAUUGGUGUAUGCAUUGGACAUUUCCAACGCUACGCUACGCCGUGUCCGCCUGAAUUUUUUCUGGGCCAUUUGUUACAACAUAUUCAUGGUCCCCAUUGCCAUGGGGGCACUAGUGCCCUGGAAUAUUACUCUAGACCCUAUCAUCGCGGUAGCAUGCAUGGCAGCCAGUUCUGUCAGUGUGGUGGGGAGCUCACUUUUGCUCAACAGAUGGAAACCGCCCACGCUACACGCUGCCACACCUCGGAGUUCGAAAAGGCACAUUUUCUCGUCGAUGAUAAAGAAACUGCAACGUCAACGUCCUGUCCCAUUAGAAGACGUCGAACUUCAAACUGGUCUCAUUGCCUGA